GAAAACUGCACGGUUGCUCCAUUCGGACCCGGCGCGGUCCUGGGCGAACGCCAGCCAAUCACAGCAGGCCGUGCUUUUGCUUUUACAACUAGCAGCCAAUCAAAAGAAGCAAACUUUGGGCGCGCGCGUGUGAGUCACGUGACGCGUCCAAAGACGUGGCCUGCUUUCGUCACGUCCAAUUCGGGAAUGGCCGACACUGCCACGAGCUGAGCUCGAGUCGAGUGGCGGCAUCGCCUCGAAUGUUUGCGAACACUUCCUUUUGGCACCUCGCUCAUCAGCUCUUGGUUUACAACUUAGGCUCGACGUAACCCUCGAACCAAGCCAAACAUGGCGGCGCGCUAUUGUUUAGCGCUCAGCGCACGAUAAUUAGCAUUUCCGCAUUAUAUUUUCAGUCGACACAAUGAAGAAGAAAUGAAAAUGAACCCAGUGGUCUUUAAAGUGUUCUAUUUGAUUCCUAAUGACUGUCGUCUUAUCUUUUCGUGUUGCUUAUGUUUAUGUGGUUAUUGUUAGCAAUGCUGCCCUCUGGUGACCAACAUUUGCUGUAGAAAUUUGACGUAUUUAAAUCAUUGAAAUGUCCCCUUUUAAGCAAUAAGAGAAAAAGGCUGUGCAUUUAAAAAAAAGAAUGAUAACAAUUAGCAUCUUCAAAAAACAUCAGGAAACUUAAUUUCGGAGAACUUAACAGUAAAGAGAUUCUGGCAUUAAAAGUUUGAAAAAUAUUCAAUUGGAUUUUUUCUUUUUAUGAGAACCAAUUAUAACCUUUGAUGAUAACAACGGCCAGUGAUUCAAUGACUCGUAUCAGUAAAUUCAUAUCGUAUCAGCAUAUUAUUUAAUUUAUUAAAUUCAAUGUAAUUUAUCCAUCCAUCCAUUUUCCAUACCACGUAUCUUAAUUUGAAUUAAAUGAUCAUAUUAUUUUAAUGGGAUUUUAAAAAUGACCCAUCAAUAGAGAUUGAACAAAUGAGCUUGACCUGGGGACAAUUAUAGUCAGCAGGCUUCUUUUUUCUUCUUUGUUGAUAUUUGGGGGGGAAUUAUUUAUAUGGGAUUUAUUGAUCCCAAAUUCAUUUAUUUAUGAAAUAGUUGGUCCUUUAGUAUAUUGUGAAGAAUGACACAGUACAUUUAUUGAAGACUUGUGUAUUUUAUGAAAUAAUUGGUUAAUUUUGAAGCGCGGUACGUUCGCCUGAUGAGGAUUCAGUUGAAGUGUUGUUUUGUUUUGGUUUCUUUCCCCCGUUCGCUUUACGUUUCACCCUCCAGUCCAGUUGGCGGCGGUAGAGGCUGGAAACGACGUGAUUGCUGUUACUCGUUCCCCCACAAUGCACCGGGGCGAGCGAAGGCGCCUUUUGCCGCGUGAUAUUGUUCGGUCAAACGAGUGUUUUUUUGUUUGGUCGUCAUUUUCCGUGCAAAUACCGCCGGCAAUGGCUCCGUUCGGCUUGGCGACGUUUGUGGCGAAGUCCUUCGGCGUGUUCACUUGCUCGAACACUCUGGCAAGAGUCGUCCGUGCUGCACACAGGACCCCGGUGAGAUGCCUGUCCACCCAAGCCGGUGGUCCUCCAAAGAGGCCUCUUAAUGGUUACAUGAGAUAUGUUUUGCAGCAGAAGCCGGUGGUCGGGCGACAGAACCCAGAAUUAAAAUUGAUGGAUGUCAUCAGGAGGAUUGCCCACGAGUGGAGAAUGAUGAGCCCAGAGAAGAAGCGGCCUUUUGAAGAGGAAUUUACCCAGGAGAAGGAAGAGUUUAAGAUAGCUCUCCAGCACUACCGGGCCCAGUUGACGCCAGCACAGAUCGAGCAGCAAACGCUCGAGAAGAGGCAGACGAUGGCCAAGAAGGCGGCCAUCCGCAAGAAGAGGGAAGCAAACACCAUGGGGAAGCCAAAACGUCCUCGCACGCCUUUCAACAUCUUUAUGUCGGAACACUUUGAGGAAGCCAAAGGAGAAAACAUACCGGCAAAGAUGAAGUCACUGACGCAUGACUGGAGGAAUCUUUUCAGCAAUCAGAAGCAGGUUUACACACAGCUGGCCGAGGACGACAAAAUCCGCUACAAGAACGAGAUGGAGUCGUGGGAGGACCACAUGGUAGAAAUUGGACGAGAAGACCUGAUCAGAGGCAAGGCUGUGUCCAACCGCAAAAAGAAGGCUGCAGAGGCCGAAAAGGCCAAGAAAAAAAAGAAAGCGGCACCAAAGAGGCCCGUCACAAAAGCCAAGUCGAGAACUGUUAAGAAGAUGACAAAAAGCAGCAACGCAAAAGCUGAGAAAAAGAUGACAAAGACUUAAUCUUAGUUUCUUUAGUGGACUUUCUCGUUCCGAAUGUUAUCGACUACUACUAGACCGAUUUUCACCGAUUCCUCAGGUCCGUGCUGUCUUUGUUUCUCACUUGGAGCGGCACAGAGGUUGCUUCAACACCUCACCAGAAAUGAAAGCUUACAUCUUGUCGGUUUACUCAUUAGUCAGGUUUCGAUACGUAAACCGGGGCAAAGCGACGAAAAAGGCGCUCAUAUUAGUUCCCGACCGCAGUCUUUUAUUCCGCGCAGGAACAGAAAAGUGAAACUCACCCUUUGCAGCUAGAACAGCUGUGAAAGUCGCACGUGCCAAUGGGGCGCCGGCAAACUCUGCCCACUCAUUUGGGAAUGUCUUCUCACACUGAGCAUUUACAAGUCAAUGAAUCAAUUAACCGAAUAAUUGUACAGUAAGGCGGUCCUUUGGUGGAUAUAGUGUAAUAUUAGUCUGAAGGAAACCUGGGCUUGUGCCAUCGAGCUGAAUAGAUGUUGGUAUUUCAUUCAGGAAAAAAAGGCUUGGCUGUUUUGGAUUUUCUUGAAGUCGGUCGAGUUCCCGAAGAUCUAAAUCCAAAGCAGCUCUGCUAUCGUCUCUGGAUGGCCAAAACACGUUUGUAUUGUACGUGUAUGUAAUAAUUGGCGAUAACAGCACCAUUUCAUGUGAUCUCAUGCAAUAAAGCUCAAACAUUGUCUUCACAAUGACGAUAAUGUUCUGUAUUCAUUUCACGGUGUUUAUUGCCGUGGUUGCCAUCGUCUUGUAAUCUCUGCAUGAGCAAAUUUUGUGUGACCGUUGCAUUGGAAAAGUCAUAGAUUUAUUAUUUUUUUUUUUUUUAAAGAUGGAAGUAAGGGAUUGGAUCAAAAUGGAUUGAUUUUACAACGCAUUUUAGGUUUUGGAAUGUACUGCCCGCGGCAUGCGGUUUAGGGUGCGGCUAGCUUGGUACCACACUGGGAACAAUUGCAACUUGACUGAAUUUGUUCUACAUUGCUAUUAACUCAUCUUAUGUAAUAUAAGCAUGUACAAAUGCACCGAUGACUGUGAAGUGUUUGCAAUUUCAAAAUGUCCCUGAAGCACCCCCCCCCAUAAAACACAAAUACCUUAUGCUUGUUUUAUUGAUCCGAGAAGUCGUGAUGAAAAUGUCAUUUCACACUUAGUACACUGAAACGUUCCUUAUUUUAUUCGAGUCUUUGGGAAUGUCAUGUCACAUCCAUGAAGAACAUACUCUUUCAGCACGCAGUUUACUUUCCAGAAUAUUACCCGAGUCUUCUUUGUGUUGUGCAUUUGAAUAAACAUUUACAUCCA